CUUCAGCAUGGGGUUGGACUAGAAGACCUCCGAGGACCCUUCCAGCUCUGUUCUGACGGAGGGAGGGAGGGAUUUUUAGAAGACUCGCAAACGCCACCAUUCAACCCGAGAGAGCUGCGGAAAUUCUCCUGCCCACCUUUGGCGGGGAUUCCAGCCUUUAGGGUGGGGAAAGGGGGAUCCCGCCCCGCCGGCCCCCCCUUGUCCUCUUAGCCCCGCCGGCCGCAUCCAGAAGCGAGGAGGAAGCUCCGCGGAGAGCGCACCGACCUUUUAAGCGCGCUUCCCCUCAGGAUGGAGCGGCUCUUUUGCGCGCUGCUGUUGCUGCUCUGCACGGGAGCCGUGUGUGAGGUCCCCUGCCCGAAAGGUAAGCGGCGAGGGCGGCGGCGGAGACCCCGGCCCGUUUUCUCACUCGAGACCCCCCUGACUCGUCCCCUCUUUCCCCUUCCAGGCGCCUUCAGACCGGGAAAAGGCCAGUCCUGCCAGCAAUGCAGAGUCUGUGACAGGACUUUGGUAUAUAAGCAGAAAUGUACCGAAACCUCCGAUGCCCGUUGUAGAUGUGCCGAGGGUUACUCGUGCGGGAAAAAUUGCGAGGCCUGUGAGUGCCCCGUCGGACAGCAACGCACAAUUACAGGUUGUCAGAAAUGUACGCCGAAGACUUUCAAUAAUAGAACGACAGGCGAAUGCCGGCCAUGGAGCACGUGCCCAGGGGAUAGAAUUCGGGAACCGGGGACCGAGAAGAGAGAUGUGGUUUGCUGGAGUGGGUCAGAAAUCCCCACUACUCAGCCCUCCACAUCCCUCCCUGCCUUCUCUACUACGGUUUCAGAGUGGGGAAACGACCUGAUCCUCCUCGUCACCUCUGCUUUUAUCAUCAUCAUAGCUCUGUGUGUCGCAUUCAUGGUGCUGUGUUACUUCUUCCUCCGAUACUGGCUUCGAAAGAAGUUCCCGAAACCUUCUCAUGGGCAGUUAGCCCAGGAGGUCGAUGACUGCAGCUACAGAUACCCCGAAGAAGAAGAAGGAGGAAGCUGUGAAGCCCUUUCCAGUCUCAAAGGGGGCCUUUUGGAAAGAUAUUACACACAAGAUGUCUAACCCCCCGGGUCAAAGAGAAGUCUUCCUUGACCCAAAGGAGACCCCCAAAAGACCCCCCAAAGCAUCUGAGCAACUCUGCUUUUAGGGGGGGAAAAAACCUUGCCACCUUCAGAAGCAGCAAUGGAAGAAUCGCGACUAUCCUCUUUAAACACGGAAUAUCGCCCCCAAUGACCUUUGAUUUAAACUUUUUUAAAAAGACACGUCACGUCACAUCGGAAUGAUUUUUGACAGAGGUGUGUGUGUGUGUGUGUGUGUGCUGUUUGGCUGGUCGAAAGGUGACGGAAAAAGAACCCCAUGGCCCAAUCCUCACCCAAAAAUAAAAGCACGAUGUUGAAAGAAAA